UCCGGCCCGUUGGCCGCCCGGCUGCCGUGUUUCCUGACGCGCCGCUGGCGGGGCGGUUUGCGUCCGCCGCCGGCGGGGGCCGCUUGGCCGUCGGGUAGAAGCGUGCGAGCUGGCUGCGGCCUUUGGGCUGGGAUGAGCCGCGCUCUCGGUGGAGGCCGCGGAGCCGAGCCGGAGCCAUGGCCAGUACCGUGGUAGCUGUUGGACUGACCAUUGCUGCUGCGGGAUUUGCAGGCCGUUAUGUUUUGCAAGCCAUGAAACAUGUGGAACCUCAAGUAAAACAAGUUUUUCAGAGUCUACCAAAAUCUGCCUUCAGUGGUGGCUAUUAUAGAGGUGGAUUUGAACCCAAAAUGACAAAAAGAGAAGCAGCACUAAUACUAGGCGUAAGCCCUACUGCCAAUAAAGGAAAAAUAAGAGAUGCUCAUCGACGAAUUAUGCUUUUAAAUCACCCAGACAAGGGAGGAUCUCCUUAUAUAGCAGCCAAAAUCAAUGAAGCUAAAGAUUUACUAGAAGGUCAAGCUAAAAAAUGAAGUAAAUGUGUGAUGAAUUUUAAGUUCUUGUUAGUUCAUGUGUAUGAGUGCUAGCUUUUUAUAAUAAAAUGCCUCAAAGCUACAAUCUUAAAAAUGAUUUAACACAAUCUAAA